UCCGUCUCCACCAAGGGUGACGCGGAAAAAAACUAGAGUGAAUUCCUCACCGCCGCGCCACCGCACCGACGAGCUUUCCGACCAGCCUACCACUCCCCGCUGUUCGCUCACUUCCCACUCACACACUCCCCCCACCCCACCACUCUCCUCCUUCUGCUCGUCUCCCUCACCCACCAUCGCUACCACCACCACCACUGCUACAAGCACGACGCCGCGCCCAGAGCUGCAGGACCAAGAAAUCACCGCAACCACGCGCGCGCGGUAGAACCCAGCACGCACGGGCACGGCGCGCGGACACAUUACCCGAGCGCGCGCGCCGGCGAUGGCCGUCGGGGGGCGCCGCGCGGCGGCGUGCGGGCGGUGGUGCCUGGUGAUCCUGGCCGUGGCCUCCGCGCUCGGCGUCUCCGGGCCCGCGCUCUACUGGCGCUACAAGAAGGGCUUCUCCUCCUCCGCCGCCACCCUCACGGCCGCCGUCUCCUCCUCCUCCCCCACGUGCCCGCCCUGCACCUGCGACUGCCCGCCGCCCCUCUCCCUCCACUCCAUCGCGCCCGGGCUCAUGAACUUCUCAAUUUCAGCUUGCGGCACAAAUGAUCCUGAGCGUAACAAAGAGAUGGAGAAGCAGUUUGUUGAUCUCCUUAAUGAGGAACUGAAGCUGCAGCAGGUUGUAGCUGAGGAGCACAGCCAUCACAUGAACGCCACUCUUGUGGAGGCAAAAAGGCAGGCUACCCAGUACCAGCGAGAGGCAGAGAAGUGUAAUGCGGCUACAGAGACUUGUGAGGAAGCUAGGGAGAAGUCUGAGGGAGCAAUCUCCAAGGAGAAGAAACUGACUGCAAUCUGGGAACGACGAGCUCGUGAAUUGGGCUGGCAGGAUUCUCGAGCCGCCACCCUAUGAUAGGCCGUUGUAGUUUUCUUACACACGGAAAAUUAUUUUUGGUAGACCUCUUGCCGCCAAACCAUGGAGCGUUAAGUGUACCGGUCAAUGACCACGUGUAUUGUCUGCAUAUGUAUUAUGAGUUUGUGAGUUGUUCGGAUGAAGUACUGUUACUCUAGACAAUGUACAUUCCUUAUAUUUGUAACUAUUGUACAUUGAUUCAAUAUCCAAACCUUAUGUCAA